GUUCCCCUAUAUUGCACACAUAUGUUUUCGCAAUUCGGUCGCGCCGAUUCUCCCUAGUCCGGUCGUUACUUCCCAAUUAGUGCUCGCGUAUCAAUUGCGAAUGGAGGUAGCGACCACCACAGCGACGACCAACACCAGCGUCCUCUUUCGGACGAUUUGCACACGUUGAUAAAGUAAGGAAAAAGCGGAAAUCUUCGAUUCAGAUCAUGAAGUGCACGUCGUGCGUCAGCGCCGCUCGCCCGAAGAGUGACGACGACGAAGAAGCUUCUGUCAGUCCUGCGCCAACCAUGGACAAGCCCGAGCAGGAGUACCGCGUAGAGUCACCACCACCUCCACCGCUACCGGAGCGAGCCUCCCGGAUACCUUCGGUAUCAAUCGUCGAGCUUCACUCGGACUACCGAGGCGUCAGUCCAAGCCACAGCGGAAAUUCCCAACUUCUUCGUCCGUUGGAUGUCAUCACCGAGGAAAACAGCGACGUAAGUGACUGUGAGAACCGGGAACCAACACCCAAGCCGGACCUGUGCUUCCCGAGACCCAAACCACGCUACAAGAAGCCCAAAUCCAAGAACCUGCUCAAGAACCUGUUACGUCAGGAGCCCACCACGUGCGUCCUGGUUGACGCCAAGAUCGCGGAAGCCGCACCGGAAGAGUACCGCAGCGUCUGCACCACCGAGGUCGUCCCCGAGCAGAUCCUCGAGGUCGAGGUCAUCGAUCUGGGCUCCAACUCGAGCAGCCUCGCCGAUCUAACGGACAUCGAUGAUCUUGAACCUGACAAGAUAAACAACAACGACGAGCCGUCACCGAUUGACAGCGCCCAACAGCCGCCGCCGACAUCACAGCCGGAUGAUAAUGACAAUGAUAAUGAAUCGAUUGCCACGGAAGACGCGGAACAGCUCAGCGAGGAAGACAACAACGGGUACGACGAUGCGACUACGCAGCCGCCGUCGCCGCCACCAUCAUCAACGGGCGCGUGCACGCAAAAUGAUGACGAUCAUCACGAUGACGAUCAGCAGUGUCACGAAGAGAACGAACGCACGGAGUCGGAUCGUGACGACGAAGAAGUUGCGGCCGAACGCAGCACCACCAGUCUAGCCGCGGGUGUUGAUCGCGUCGUGACGCAGCGUCGAAAUGUCAACGAGGUGAAAGAGCGGUGCACCGACGACGACGACGAAGACGAUCAAGACGACGACGGUUCAAGUGAUUGUAGUGCGGCGGAGGUGACUCAUCUGGCGAUCGGGGAAUCCUUGGUGACGGUUGAACCGAGUGCAAUGGGGGAAGAAGAGGCGCUGGAGGUACCGCCGAGACCUCCACCGCCACCUGCUAUGGUGGCCGUGCCGCCAGUUUCAGCCGCCGAACGGCCGACAGUGGCCGCGGCCGCGGCAGUGACUAAUCUAGGUCAGGACGAGCACGAAGGCGUGCGCCACCGCAGCGAUGCUCAAAUUCCUGCUGGCAGUGAUACUGGUGAAGCUGAUCCUGCAGAUGCUGAUCAGAAUAGUGAAGAAGAUAGUGGCGAUGCAGUAGCGGUGGAAUCGUCGUUGUCGUCGACCAGUGAUUCGAGUGUGCUGCUGAAACUGUUGCAAGAUCCGGUGGAAAAACGUCCCACUUUCGGUGCUUUGCCGGACCAAAUUUCAGCAGCCGCCACCAGCGAAAAUCCACAGUCGUCGAGUCUCGGUGCGGCGGGGACAAAAAUAGAACGCGCGGUAAAAAGUGAACAGUUAAAUUAUGAAAUCGUUCAAGAUCAUCGCGUGUUGAGGGAAGAAACGGUGACCACCAGCAGCUCUACGUCUGGGAGUGAGGUUGUACUGCGGCGCAGGGGUACGGGUGACCGGAACGAAUCUUCCCCCAAGGAACCGUCACCGGAACAAAAAGCCGCCCUGGUGCACGAUCUUCGUAACGAAAUUAGUCGCAUCAAGGACGCCGAGCUGCAGGAAGAGUUUCGCAAGCUCGAACUCGAAGCGGCUCGUAUCGAACAGGAACUUGGCAAGAUGGCCGUCGUGCCGCCACCUGCCGAGAACCUCACGUACUACGUGUCCAAACAAAAUGACUUUGCCGUCGAACGGCCACCACCACCGGCGGCUCUCCCCCGCCAGAAACCACCUGUCGUCGCAACUGCCCCAACUCCACCGCCCAAGCCUGCAUCCACCGGCACCGUUGCCAAAUCCUCGUCCUCCAACGACCUCAUGUACGACGAAUGGCAGGCCAAAAUGGAGGAACGGGAAGCCCGUCGCCUGCACAAGGUCGUCAAAAUAUCCAAAACCGAACCGUCAAACCCCCCUAUCCCGCUCCCCCCACCCCCAACCCAACCAGACCAGGAAGAUCCCGACCUGGGCGAUGAGUUCCUGCGCAAGGUCAAGGAACGCCGCCGCAAGUUCACCAUCCCCGGCGCCGACAGUGACGGUGACAGUGGGGCCAGCGCCCCCGGCAGCACUCCCGGAACCCCGAUCGCCGGCCGGAAGCCCGUUCCGAAGCACAUCGAGCAGGAGUUUGCCGAGUUUGCCAAGAUUCGCAAGCAGCAAGAAGCGGAAGAACAAAAGCCUGCGACAAACUACCCUCAGCACCAGUCGCGGCCUCGCUCCAACGCGAAUCCUCCAAAGGCACCUCCGCCGCAGAAGAUUUCGUACCCACCACCGCCGGUCAGUGUUGCCAGCAGUGCUCCGCCCCAGAACGGCACCGACAGUGUCGACAGCGAAAGUGUCAAAGUGAGCGCUCUGGUUGACGUUUUCCAGCAAAAACAACGUGAAGUGCUUCGCCAGGACAGCUACAAAGCUGCAGUGAAAAGUGUUGCCAGUUCGGCGGAAAAUCUCGCGGAACCCGAACCGAUCAGUGUCAGUGCCAAGUGCCAGGAGUUUGAGCGAAAGCUGCAGCGCAGUGCCAGCAGUGACAGCCGGAAGCCCCUGACAGCUGUCAAGCCGAACAGUGUUGCCAGCAGCAGGGUGACCACCAACCGAAACGGUGUCUGGUCACCCCACAACCGCUCCACGGAGAUUCUCACCAAGGCAGAACUAGCCGAGCGCAGCCGAUCCAACAACCCAGAUCCACCCCCACAACCCGUGUGGACACCCCGCAGUGCCCCACCGUCGCCGGUCGCCGAACGACGCGAGUUCCGUCCAAUCGGAUUCGAAUCUCCGACGCCCCAGCGUCGCAACCAGUGCCCCACGCCGACGACUCCGGCUCCGUGGACCACCUCCGCGGGCUACGAAAAACCCGUCGAGUUCAGCGCCAAACCCAACGUCAGCCAGGCGACGACCCGGCCGGAACCGACCUCGGGCGCAGGGGAACUUGCAAGGGGCAGGGCUCCGCCGCCGCUGCAGAACUCCAACUCGCUGCCCACGAUUGGCCACACGGUACGGUUUGCGCCCCAGCAGCAACAGCAACAGCUACAGUCCCGCCAACAGGCCGUCCCAAGUCCGACCAUCAAUUCGCUGCUGAAGAAUAAGGAUGGUAAAAUUGGCCAGCAGCUGAGCACGUUCGAGUCUGCCAGCAAUCAGUCCAAUGUCUACCAGUCAUCGACCAGCCAAAGAACGACUACGAACCAGCAGACCUCGUACCAGCGCAGCGGCAGCGGCACUCGACUGGGCAGAGCCAGCGAAAUAAGUCAACCGGUGGGUCGACAGGUGGAUUACCUGAGCGAACCGGAAUCCACGGUGGACCACCACCAGCAGCGGAGCACCCCGACGAUGGCACAGCUGUCGCCCCGAAAGGUCGACGGCGUCGGGCCGAUGACCCGCGAGGGCAUGCCCCUCACGUUAAGAUCUGAAGUGGACGAAAACAACCAGGCCAAAUGGUACAAAAAGAUGUACCAAACCCUGCACAAAGCCCACGACGAUGAUGACUUUGUGACCGUGCGGUACAAAACACGUCGAGGCAACUUCCCGUACAAAACCAGCGGCGGCUACCAGUCGGAACCGGAACCGAACUACGACUCGGACUACACGAUCAAGUACAGCACCCUCGACCGGAGACGAACCCCGACGGCACUCAACCCGAACAGCUACUCCAGAUUCAACACCCUCCAGGGAUCGGCCAUCAAGUCCGGCUCGACGCAGUACCGGAACCAGCCGGGAAGGAUCGAGAACUACACUCCGGGCAGGUCGUCUGUUUCGGAGAAGGAAUCGAAAGAGUGGUGGGACGAAGUAAUGGAUAUCUUCAACGGGCAAAUAGAACAACAGAAACUCAGCAAUAGCAAAACAUACACCGAGGGAAAUUUGUCCAGGGCCCUCAAGCAGGAGCACGGCGGCUACGACAGCGACACGACGCUGAUCUUCCGCAAGAAGGAACCCCCGACCAGCUCGGCGCUCAGUCCCAUCGAGCAGAAGCAGUUCUACAAGAACAUGCAGGCGGGCGGCGAAAUACCCGUCCAAGGAUUCCGCAAGCCGGCCCCGGAAAAGCCCAAAGAUGGCGGCGACGCGGACCACGAUGGAGACCACGUGCAGAUCCAGGAAGUCUUACCAACCAUGUCUACGAACCCGUUUUUGGUCCCGCCGCAGGAAAUAACCUGCUAUCCGAUUACCAGCAUCUCUCGUCCACUGGACAUGUUUGGCCCCUUCCCACGCGAAGUCAAAUCAUUCGUUCCAGUAGCUCCACCGGCUCCACCAAAUCGCAAGUCUUCCCGCAGUAACUCGACCCUCCGGAUCAUGUCGCAGAUAAAGACUAAAAAUUACGAUAGGAAGACCGUUGUCGAGUCGAGCAGUUCCAACGUCGGAACUUCCGGAACCAAAACUCUUCGCAAGGUCGACCAGUACAGAUCCAAGUCCGCGGGACCGAUGUUUGCCGCCACGACCUCGUACGUGGCGUCCUCUAUCAAAGAGGAGAAGAACCUGGAGAACAGUACACGUGUGGCGAAGCGUUACACCUACCGGGCAAGCUCGAGCAGCCCCGUUCGGAAGGCCAGUCCCAGCCCGGUAGCCUUUGGUCGGGGCAUUUCCAAGGAGCGAACCUUCGCCGAAGAGAAGAAACGCCUCGAGGAGAAGCUGCCCAAAGUUUGUCGGAAAGACGUAACUGUGUCCACAAGUAUCUUGCGCAAUCCGGAUCUCAAAUCUCCGCUAGAGGUCAAGAAAGCUCUUCGUAGCACAUUCCUACCGAUGGUGAUCGACAAACCGGACAAGUUCUCAGCAGCCUCUCGCACUUUACGUCGCAUCUCAUCCAACUUCAAGAGCGCCUCCAGCAUCUACUCUUCCAAGCAAAGUCUAAGCAAGGCAAGCACCACUUCAGCUCCCAAAAAAGAUGACAAAGCCCUCAAAGUCACCGUCGCAAUAUCGUCCCGUGGAAAGGAACUCGUUCGUGCAUCAACCACCCAAAAACCACAGAAAACAAAAGGCAAACUCUCCCCAACCAUCACCAUCAAAUCCAACAUCCAAAAGGUCCAGAAAAGCCUCGGCCUCAGAGCCAAAACCCCCUCAACCCAAAGUCUGGCCCGCACCAAUUCGACCUUCUCGAUCGACUCGACCAACUCGAAACGCAAAUCACGCGCCUCGUUCAUCCCGGCAACGUUCACCUCGAAGAAACCAUCCCAAGUGUCCGCACGCAGCAAAUCCGAAACCACAAGGGCCAUCAAGAAGCCAAAGAACUCCAACACUGCCGCACUGGUCGAGAGCUACAACGAACGCAUCGUGCAGCAAAACGACCUCGUCCGGACGGACUCUUUUUUCCAGAAUCUAUUCCUGAGGAAGUCCUCACCCAUCCCACCGGGCUCUUCCGGAGCCGAUCCGCCUGCAGCGUCCACCGUGAUCGAGAAGGCUCGCUUGUGGAACAGCUUAUCGGCGAAAUCCGAGCCCUCGUUGAAGCAACCGAACUACUAUCUCACCCAGGCAAAACCCGUAUCGUUAUCGAAGUUCAAAACCAUGGAUACCGAAUCCGGUGCAUGCCGUAGCGGCAGCCCGGUCCGGGUCACCAUCGGUGCCGGUGAGGUCAUCGAGCAGGUCCAACGGUACGAAUCCCUCAUCCAACUUACCGACGAGGAGGAAGAGUUUGGUGGAUUCAUGCGAGGGCGCACCAUGAAGAUCGACUACAGCUAUCACGAGCGUAGCAAGAGCGAGCCACCGGUGCAAACGCUCAUCCAGGAAGUGAUCCACCACGAAAGCCCACGGACGCUCCUCGGUCGCAAAUCCGUUGAAUAUUCCCAAACAACCAAACGCUCCUCCAGAUCACCCUCAUGCCGUCGCAUCCAGCACCUGAAAGGCGAAGGAAACGUCAAGAACAUCGUCCGUGCACGCAGCCUAAGCACCACCGAUCGCAACGCCAGCCAAUCAGGCGACGAGCUGGUACGCAGCCACUCGCUAAACCUCACCAGCUACGAGCGUCACGUCCCAAUCUGCCGACACCGACGCUCCGAUCGCUUCCAAGACCUGAACGACUUUUACAGCAGCCUCGAGCGGCUGGCCCAACUGGAAAAGGCCACCUCGUCCACCGAUCUGCGUCCUCGUCGUCGUGACGAGGAAAUCAUUGACUUUGAUCUGUGGCGGAAGGUGCGCGAUCACGAGAAAGCAGAACGCGAGAUGAAUCAGCUGCUGAACAAGCUAAAACAAGACCAGCGCGAGAAGGAUCUGCUGUUCCUGCCGCACGAUCCGGAUGAAGUCCGCUGGAAGUACGAUCUGGACGCGGGACUGAGGAACAAGGAGAAAUCCGUUGACGACUUGAAGGGAGUUCUGAGUAAGAAGGUGCUCCACUUUGAAGAGUUCACCAAGCGUGAGCUGGACACGCGCAAGGAUCACUACAAGCCGCUGUGGAGAGGAUCGUCCGUAAUGGAUGUCGCUUCGCAGAUGUUGGAACGAUAUAGUGAAGAAGGUGGCAAGAGGGAUGAGUUCUUGUCGCUGGAAGCUGACAAGCGGUACGGAAUCAGCAACAACUUGCUGAGUACGCUUUCAAGUGAUCAGAUGAAGAAGUUGAAGAGUCAACUCAGUGAGAUUUACAGCAACAAGGAGGAGAUGAAAUCUAAGGAAGAGUACGUUAUCAAUGUGCCUGAUGAUAAGUUGCGUGCUAGUAGUACAUUGAAGGUUCGUAGCAAUUCUGUGCUGACAAAAGAUCAGGUAAACGAAACACAGUUCAAGCCGAUCUUAGAGAAGGGGAAGGUAGCGACAAUUCAGAAAACAUUCGAACAGAAAAACACGCAGGAAGCGCUCUGUCAAGAGUUAAAGAGCAAGAUUCUUGAGAAGCAUGCAAGUCAUACGCUGCCGUGCAUGAAGAAGAAGGAACGUCCUUCGAUAAUUCCACAGAAGGAAGAAUACUAUUCGCUGGAAACGGACUAUCGGAAGCUGCACGGUGGACACAACGUUGAGGAAGGAAGAGAAGAGGUGGUGAUGCGAAAGUUCCGAACGCUGGACCGAGAGCGACCACACUCCUACGGAGAAACGGAGAGCGUAUCUUCUGAGACAUCUAACAGGACGGUUAUAUUUCGAAACUCUAGCGACGAUGUCAAGAGCAAGAUAAAGUACUUUGAAGAAAGACGCAAGGAGGACUUACCGGCUGUAACGGUAUAUCACGCAAGGGAAUCGUCCACCGAUGAAGAUGAUGCAGCAAAGAUGGUGGAGGAACGAUCAGUUGAAGUGAAGACAUCGCAGAAGACUUCACCGUUGCCAAACUCACAGUCGUUUACGGAUUUCAAGGAUUUGUUUGGGGAGAAGCCGGCGAUCACGUGUUCAUACACGUACCAGGAGGGUGGAGGAAAGGCUUCAAAAAACUUCACGUUUCGUUCGCGUAGCUCAACUCCGGAAUACGCGACGUGCAUUCAGACAGGAGAAGUGAAGAAGAUCAAGGACAAGUUCGAAAGCUUGGAUGCGAACUUGUGGAAGCAGAGCUCGGGGAAUAACAGCCCUCGUCAGUAUCAAAGUGAUUCAGAGUUGAAUCGACCGUUUGGAGAGCGAGAGAUUGCCAAAGCAAACCGAAAGAUUCGGGUGAGGCAGCACGAAACUGGGGAUGUUACGAGGAUGACACACAAGUACGAAAUACAAUCGACUAGAGCUCGCAGUAGGAAGCGCAAGGAGCGUGUUCAUUCGCCGAUUCCAAAAAACCCGCUGCGCAGGGAUGACCGUUUUAUGCCGCACAUCAAUGUCAUCAGUAAGACGGCAUCCCUGAAGCAGGAAAUGAAGCGGGAACGACCGACAAGCGGCGGCAGCGGAAGUGGUGCCGAGGUCGAGAAGAUCAAAAGUAAGUUUGAAACGGCGGAGAAUCUGUCAAUACUGGCCCACCAGUUCCCCAAGCCAACGGACAAUGCACGCUCGAUCACUGCACCCGACCAGUCACCCGCGGGCAAGAAACCGGGCCGCCGGAGUGGCAAGCUGCGUGCCAGCUCCACUUCACCGCCACGACGAUACCGCAAGGACAGUAGCAAGCAGGCAGGCACUGCAGGCACCGCUUUCUUGAAACAGUUCUACGACAUUUUUGCCGACCAGAAGUUUGACCCGAGCAUUCAUCAGCCCAAGUAUCGCUACGUGCCCGAUCGGCAACUGGACGCCGAGUAUCUAUGGGAGAAGAUCCAGACGAUGACAAGCGGUACCGGCGGUACCACCAAGGCUUCCGUGACCUUUGAAGAGUUUAGUAACGUGCCUCCACCACCUCCCAUGAAAGGAACAUCUCUACUGCCCAACUCCUCCUCCCCGUACUCGAAGAGCUCCAACGAACCAGAGUCUCCCCGUCGCUACAUCGAGAGCGAUGUCAACAUCCACUACAAGACGCCCAUCCGGUACGAGUACAAGGAAGCGAUCCCGGACGAUGAGCUGGCGUACCGGCAGGCGGAACACAUGCGCCGCGUUUACCAGGAGGAGCGGCGCCGGAAGUACAUGCACGAGCUGGAAGAUCUGCAGAACCGACGCCACACGGACAACUUUGUCCCGGCGCAGAAGAGCCCGAUCCCGGUCAACCGGUACGAGGACUUUGAUGCGGAUUUGGCACCCAAACCGAACAACGUACUUCCGCGGACCAUCGCCCGGGCCCUGUACAACUUCCAGGGACAGACAGCUAGAGAGCUCUCGUUCAAGAAGGGUGACAUCAUCUAUCUGCGCCGCCAAAUCGACAAGAACUGGUACGAAGGGGAACACAACGCCAUGAUCGGACUCCUGCCUGCAAACUACAUUGAAAUCCUCCCACGGGACGGUGCCAAACCCCUGCCGAAGAAGCCCCAGCGCGAGGGCAAGGCGCGGGCCAAGUUCAACUUCACCGCACAAACCACGGUCGAGCUGUCACUGUUGAAGGGCGAGCUGGUGACGCUAACACGGCGCGUCGACGACAACUGGUUCGAGGGCCGGAUCGGCAACAAGAAGGGCAUCUUCCCGGUGUCGUACGUGGAGGUCCUCACGGACAUCGGCGGUGAGGAGAGCUACGAGAUCGAACCGAUCGUCAAGCCGAACCUGCAGACGAUCCAGACGCACACGCUAACCACCGGGUACGACAACGGGCUGAUUAACGGCCGGGUUUCGCCCGGCAUCAUCCGCGAAACCAAGACGGUUCAGAAAACGGAAGUUCUGCACGUGGACACCACCAACGAGCCGAUUUCCUACCGCGCCCUGUACAACUACAAACCGCAAAACUCGGACGAGCUGGAGCUGCUCGAGGGCGACGUCGUGUACGUGCUGGAAAAGUGCGACGACGGCUGGUACGUGGGCACCUCCGCCCGGACCGGUUGCUUCGGAACCUUCCCCGGGAACUACGUGAAAAAGUUAUGAGACCGGAUUAAACCACCUCCACCGCCACCACCCGUAGCAUCCGGAUCGUCAUCAUCGUUACAUCGUCAGCAUCAGCAGCAGACCACCCCGGGACCGGCGGCACCAAAGACCACCGCCUCCAUCGGCAAGCGCAAGGUCGAGUUCCUGGGAGUGUUUUAAAGAGCAGGCCAAAAUUGCCCACUUGUUGCCUUAUCGAUACACAAACUACCGAACCAAAAAGAGAGUACAACGGCGCCGCGCGGUGGGAACGCUACAAAUGUUUCUUGUGUGUACCAAAAAGUAAUUUUAAACAAGCGCCUGCUGAGAUUUGGAACAGCCAUUUCAUUGCCAAUCAGCGUCAAAGUGGGUGAAGAGGAAACAAAAUCAAACAUCACAGCCUACUAGCAGUAGUUAAAAAUGCGAAAGAGUGGUGAUAGCAAAAAAAAUAAAAACCAAAUAAAGCAACAGCAACAUGUUGAUCAAGCGACGCGAGAAGCAGUGUAAUUGUUUGCUAGUCAUUAUUCUUCCAAACGUAUCUUAACACAAACACAGCAGCUCUGACGAUUUUCGGACUAGAAGAAAAAUGUUGUUAAAUAUUAAGCGUUGCAUUACAUGGAAAUUGUAUACAAUUAGUGUCUACCCCCUUCUAAUCUAACAACAAUCAAGCGUGGAAAAGAUAUUUGAACGCGUGGCUCCGAAUGUUUUUGGAUAUUUUUAUUUACCAUUUUCUCAUCAUUGUUCAUUAAUAUAUUCUUUAUCAGAUUUGUUUAAGUGUUGCUCUUAUUUAUAUAUUUUAUUUACAGUAGCAGAAGCAAUGGAAUAGAGAUUUACUUAACUUUAUUUUCACUUAUAGAAGUGCGUUUUUGUUUGUUGAAUCAGUUAGUAAGAUUUCCUUAAUUUCCCAAUCUCAUCCAAUUUAUCAGAAGACCGACACUAACCAACAGCUGUGUAGAGUGCGUACUCUUUUUUGGCUACAACCACUAGAACCUUUUAGACUGUUUGUAAUAGAAACGUGCCUUUCAGUGAAAUUCUUUCCUAUUUCGAGUACAACCGCAUGAUGAUAAGAAAAAGUUGUUAAAUUGUUUUUGCAUACAAAAAUUGAGCAAUUUUAGAAUGUAUUAACAUAUUUCAACACGAGACAAAAUUAACACCCUAAAAUAAGUCGCAAAAUUUUGUUCGUAAGCUAAGCAUGAAAUCAAAAUCUGUAACAUAAAGAAAGAAUCUUAGAAGAAAUAAAGCAGCUAAAGUACCAAAACAAAGUCGAAAAUCAAGUGCAAAAUCACAAAAGUGAAAAAAAGAAAUUCGUGCCGCACACAACAAAGCAAAAAGAAGGAAACAAACCGCGAAUCUAAUCGAUUCGUGCCGAAAAAGACCCGCUCCGGCCGAUACGGCCUAACGAGGUUAUGUAACCAUCUCGAAGGGUUUAAGAAAAAGCAGACAUACAGGCCGCAGCAAUAAACGGGGCGCUAAACUGGCGAAUUUUAAUGGUUUGUUUUUUUUUUUGUUUCACUGAUAAAUUGUGAGCGUUAUGAGCAAUACAACUCGUUUCGUGAUGUUUAAAGUUAAUUUUCCCCCAAACCACGCUUCUUGCGCCAAUCGGAAACACUUGAGAAGAGGACUUUAGCAUAGCCAACAAAACAAAACACACAAAUACACGUUAACUGUUAACGGAAACUCGUAAAACUUAACCGGGCACGUUUGCCCACGAACUUAAGAAUGUACACUUACAACUAGCGCAUACAAACAUACUCACACACAACACACGCAUCACAUCUACACACACAGACACUAAAACUACACGUUAACCAUUAUAGGAGAGAACACACACGGCGUACUCUUAAUUUAAUCCUAAUUUUUGUUUUUGUUUUCUCGAUAAACGGUCAGGAUGAAGAAAUGCCGCCCUCACAACCCCCCUUUCACACUACAAUUCUGUUGAUGAGUUAAUAAAAAGAGUAAAAAUGAA